AGAAGUUCUUGCACCUGCUCAGGAGAUGAGGAUGUCACAUCAACUUCAACAAGAAGUUCAGGAGACGAGGACCCUUUCAUCAGGCAUACCGAAAAAGCUUGCAGGAGAGACCACGCCUUCAAGCAUGAACAUCAGUAGUGUGACGAAGCGUGAGGUGAUUGACGCGUCGCGGGCUUUGCAGGCGCAGCUGGAGAGGGUGCCUCUAGUGCACUUGUUUCUACUCCUGAGGGAAAUAGCUACUUUGCUCUUGGUGCACCUCGACGCACGUAGAGUUUUUCUCACGACAAUGCUACCAGUUUUGUGGACCCUUUUCGGCGACGCAGAUAUAUUUGAUGCUCCAAACCUUGCGCAGACGAUCGUACAACUGUUAAGGCCACAUAGAAUGUCAACGACCUACAAUCUAAUCCCGUCAUCUUUAUAGCUUCUACACAACUGCACCGAAGCGGAUCAAUGGACCUGUCCGGAAGUGGAAAGUGCAAAGGGAGUAUAUAGAUAUAAGAGCUUAAGCUCCUGUCGAAUGAUGUCGGAUGUUGACCUUGGUGAGCUAGCACCCAUAAGCAAGGUCAACAACGCCGUUCCGAUAUCAUUGAGAGCACUAGACUACUAUCUUAGUUAUAUACUAUCUAGGGUAAGCCAUCCUUCGUUCCCAUCGUUCCUAUUACUUUACCUUUCAGUUCAAGAUACUCCUAAUCCUCUUAGCUCAUGCUUCUCCUUUCCGCAUUUUCAUGACUUUGACUGCGGUAAACGACCUACAAUCUAAUCCCGUCAUCUUCAUGGCUUCUAGUUAGGAGGUCGGCUCCACCACAAUUUAUUGCUACUCAUAUUGGUUUUUCAUAACUCUUGAUUUCAUCAGGAUAUGUGUCAUCCACCGCUAAAUUUGACGGAUAUCGCGUUUGCGCAAAGUGGAUUGGACAGCGCAUCAGGGGUCACCAGAGUGGGAGUAGGGGAGUCGCUAGCCGCGACGCCAUCAAUGUGGCAGUCCAACCGCUGUAAGUUGCCGAACGUUACAGCAGGCACGCACGCCCUACUCGCUCUGACAGCCAGCUUUCGACGACUCUUUCUCGGACUCAAAUACAAUGCUGACAAAUACAAUUGCGUCUUUGAUGCGAGUAAGGCAGGAUCGCUAGACGACGAUUUGACCAACUCCACACGAUCAUCCGAGGCCCCGCGCGAAGACCUUCUUAGUGAAAGUGGCUACUACCGCAGGAAUCCCGAUGAUGACGAAGCCAUUAUGUUGAAAGAUAUUUAUUCAAAGUUCAAAGCAACAAGGUCGUGGAGAGAGAGGUGGAGAGUUCUGGCGGUGGUGAAAAGAAGAAAUUACUAGAACUGGAGCCUAUUGAUACUCGCUUCGCGAUUUAUUAAAAGUUCGACGUUGAGAAGUUUUUUCUCACGUUACAGACAGUUUUCUUGCAUCCAUGGCGCCACUAUGGAUAAGUUGAUGCACAAUGUUUCUAUCUGCCUGUUUUUGUCGACAUGAUUAGUCGGGAUUCUAUUUGUAAAUCUAAAUAUGAGACAGACUCUCAGAGAACACAAAUGAUCAUGAUAUAAUGAAAAGCUUUCCCUGCUGCACUUUAUUCUCUUGUGCACUAAGUUCUCUUGUGCACUUUAUUCUCUUGUGCACUUUAUUUUCUUGUGCACUUUUUCUUCUAAGGUAGUGGAUCACAGUGG